GUUUGUUAAAGUAAUAAUCAUAGUGAAUUCAAAGCGUCAGUAAUCUCACCAUGCAGCACAAACGAGGUGCAGUAUGGAAGCUACAGGAAAAUACGAUGACGAUGUUCACAGCGGAAGUCAUUGGCACAGCAAUGCUCUUGUAUAUCGGUUGUAUGGGGAGUGUCGGCAGUAUGGGACUCGUACCACCUCCGGCACUGCAAACGGCACUCUCCUUUGGUCUGACGGUGAACUUCAUUAUUAUGACGAUAGGUCACAUAAGUGGUGCUCAUCUGAAUCCAGCUAUCACUAUCGGUGCUGUCAUUAUAGGAUUGAAAUCAAUUCCGACCGGCGUGGUUUACUUCUUGGGACAGUUGAUCGGUGCCAUCGUGGGAUAUGGAAUGUUAAAAUUGCUAACACCGGCGGAAUUGUUUAACGACGGAAACUCUUACUCGGAUGUCGGCGUAUGCGUCACCGUUGUUCAUCCAGGAAUUAGUAGCGUGCAAGGUUUAUUAACUGAGAUAUUUUGCACGUGUUUCCUAGUUUGCGCAGCUUGUGCCACGUGGGAUCCUCGAUGCUCUCACCUUACGGAUUCAGUCGCCCUCAAGUUCGGCUUUUCAGUCACUGUCCUUUCUUUUACAGCGGGUCCUUAUACCGGAUGUAGUAUGAAUCCAGUACGAUCAUUUGCACCUGCACUUUGGACUGGUAAUUGGAAGGAUCACUGGAUUUAUUGGGUUGGUCCUAUUUUGGGAGCCUUACUUGGAACAUUUGUUUAUCAAUUGUUGUUUGCAGAAACAAAACCAAUCAGAAAAAAAUCUAUUUGUUUAACUGAUAAGUCUGUUACCGUAUUGUCACAGUCAAAUAAUGUUAUGUAA